AAAUCAAACCCUCAGCUCUCAGAUCUGGAGAUGAAGCCUGAAACUUCAAGCCUUCAGUGAGUUCUGCUCCAGUUCUGCUCCAGUUCUGCUCAGGAGAAUGAAGGAGAGAUUUUAUCCACAGCCUGAUCAUGAGUAAGCAUCUGUGAGAGAUGAUAAAUACACUCCUCACAUGGACGUGCAGGCGGCGUGCAACAUCUCCAGCCUCGACUGCGAUGAGGAAGGCUCUGGUCCCCUGGCCCUCAUCAUCAUCCCCAGUCUCCUGGCUCUCAGCACACUGACGGUCAUCACUCUGAUAAUAUGGAGCUUCUUGUCCAGGAGGACAGCAGUUCAGAGGAGCCUGCUUCCCUCUCAGUAUAUAAAUGGAUCUCUCCAGACUCUCCGCAGUUUAACACCUGGACCAGACGCUCUGAGCUUAUGGGAGAUACCUGCCCACUGCCACCUGGAGGAGGUGGAGUUUUUAGAAAAUGGACACUAUGGACCCAUCUGCAGGGGCCAGCUGAAACGAGAGGGGGUUACCACCUCUGUGGUGGUUAAAACUCUUAAAGGAAACUCAAACAGCCUGGAGGUAAAUGUGUUUGUGGAGCUGGCUCUGUUCCACGCAGCCGUCUGUAAACAUGAGCGCGUGGUACGAAUGCUGCACUGCCAGACACGUCGCCUUCCCAUGUACCUGCUGUUCGAAGAGAUCGCUCCAGGAAACCUCCUGCACUUCCUCUGGAGUUUCAGAGAGGGUGUGUCCGGGUUCUGUGAUCAGCUGCAGGCUUUUUCAGAGAGGUCUGUGUAUCUAGUGGCUAAGCAGGUAGCAUCUGGCCUGGACUACCUGCUGUCUGAGCACAGGCUAGUGCACGGCGAUGUCGCGGCUCGGAGCAUGCUGAUUGGUUCAGGGCUCUCUGUGAAGGUGUCUGGAUUGGCCGUGGCUUUUGAGGCGAGGCGGACGGGGGCAGUAAGGAAGGAUGAGUGGGGGGGUAAAGUGCCUCUGAAGUGGCAGGCCCCCGAGCGGCUGAUGAAGCUUCCAAUCACAGCCAGGAGCGACGUGUGGUCUUUUGGAAUCCUCCUGUAUGAGAUGAUAACUUUAGGUGAUCCUCCCUUUAUUGAUCUGGAUCCAUCAGAGAUGUCCCCCAAAACUUUGGCCAAUUACAGGCUAAAAAGACCAGAAAACUGUGGAGGAGCACUAUAUGACCUGAUGAAAUACUGCUGCAUGUGGAACUUUAAGCACCGCCCAGCGUACUCCGACAUCAUCAAGCUGCUGGACUCAUACCUCCACCUGGCUGAUACCAAACCCCUCCGUGCAGCACAGACCAUGGACGUCUCUGAAUACAGGAAGAGGGCGGGGCUUAGCCGAGAGCAUCGAAAACAUGAAUAUUUAAAAUCUGCUCAUUAAUGCAACGAUUUGAGAUCUUAGAGCAACAUUCGCUUGCUGUCUUGAGGACGUUUAUGCAAUUUUUAAACAAGACAAUGUAAAACCACAUGCUGCACAUUACAUUACAGAGGCCAGGCUGCAGUGCUGACCUCUCCACCACCAUAGAUAACUUGGAGAAUUCUAUUUUUCGCAAUAUAAGGCGCACCGGAUCAAUAAACAUCUAUGUUAUGGUCUAUUUUCAUACGUAAGGUGCAUCAGAUUAUAAGGCGCAUUUAAUGCAACACUAGUAAGUAGAAACUAGUAAGGAACAGGGGUGACGCCAUGUUUUCCUUGAAAAAUUCAGCAGGUCUCGCCACUGGGUGUUGUGAUUUGUAAAGCUAAGCUAAGUAAACAAAACUGUAAUUCUUUAGUCGGCCAAGCUAAACAAGUGCUGGAUGUUGAUCUACACAGAUUUCUCUCCUGAAAACUGUUUAUUUGGAGCAUUAGCGGAUAAUGCUACACUGAAAAAACCCUGAGUGUUCCAAUAAGCCAGUAAGAUGUUAGCUAGUGGUUCGUCCAACGUAGACGUAUCAUUUUAACAUGUGAACGCACAGGCUACAGUCCAAUAUACUUGCCUCUGGACAGCAAAAGAGCUAGCACUGUGGUUAGCGGUAAUGCUAAUGCUGCUCCACUAGUGCUAGCCAGGGUUUGCAGCAGGGUACCGGCCGAAAAUACUUGGUAGCACACCCUCCAGAACUCUUUAGAGCUUUUUACUGUUUGUAUCAUGUUGGGGUCAUUGUCCUGAUGGAAGACCCAUAACCUAUAAAUAUAUAUAAAUAUUAUAUUAGCUUGUUACCUGA